GCAGGCUAGAGGGAAACGCCAGCCCCGGCUACAGCGGAUCAGCCGCGCAGCUUAUGAAACGUGCCUCUCCAGACGCACGGUGGUGGCCAGCCCAUCAACGCAGACUGCGAUGUGGAGGUCAGUCUCUCAUCAGUGCGACGCGCCGAGCAGUUUCCCCCUGAACCUCCCGCUCGGCUCCCCUGUCUCUUUUGUCCUCCAGAACCACUGCACGGGAUUUCGCAUUGCACUCCGUCGGCGCAUCCUGCAAGUCACGUCUGCGAGGUUCCAAUUUUUAUUUUUUAUUUUUUUUUUUAAAUUUAUUUAUUUUCUCUGCUGGUGGCAAGUGUCCCAGUGCGUCGUCGUCCGGACACCGGACAAGUGAUGCUUUGAGCUGCACUGUUGCGCCCCCCACCCCUCUCAUCGCAUCGCAUCUCUGCAGCAAACCGGGCUGGAGAUGGUGCCAUGCUCAACUGACCGGCAGCGUCCAGAGGUUAGACUCUCAGUCAACAGCGGGUCACAGCCACUAACACAUCACCCUCCCUACUCCUGGCUGGCAGGAGUCUCCCGUUCACCUGCACUCAUCUGAGCGGCAGUGAAGACAGACAGCAAACCGUGGCGCACCGUAGUGUGUGUGUGUGUGUGUUUAGUCCUUAACUCUGAGUGUGUGCAAUGAUGCGUGGCAGUGACAAAGUUAAGAGUUAAGAAGAAGAAGAAGAAGCAUUCAAGACUCGUACGUGAGACUUUGAGUGUGUGUGUGUGUGUGUGUUUGUGGCUGAUUGUUGACCGGGCUAUGAGUGCGUCUCAGAGGCAGAGACGUCGGACGCUGAGUUGAGUUGAGCAGAAGAGGAAAAGACGAAGAGGAGCAGCAGCCAUGGGGCUCGGACAGUCCAGCAAGGCUCCGGUCACUGAUGACGCAGAAGAAGUCAAUUUCGACCAUUUCCAGAUCCUGAGGGCAAUAGGAAAAGGAAGCUUUGGAAAGGUCUGCAUUGUGCAGAAGAAGGACACCAAGAAGAUGUACGCCAUGAAGUACAUGAACAAGCUGAAGUGUGUGGAGCGGAAUGAAGUGAGGAACGUCCUGAAGGAGCUGCAGAUCAUGCAGAACCUCGAACAUCCUUUCCUCGUCAACUUCUGGUAUUCGUUCCAGGACGAGGAGGACAUGUUUAUGGUGGUUGACUUGCUCCUGGGAGGAGACCUGCGCUACCACCUCCAGCAAAACGUCCACUUCUCGGAGAGCACUGUCAAACUGUACAUCUGUGAACUGGCCCUAGCUCUGGGAUACCUACGCACCAAACGCAUCAUACACAGAGACAUCAAACCUGACAACAUACUACUGGAUGAGCACGGGCACGUCCAUCUAACAGAUUUCAACAUCGCAGCCAUCGUGAAAGACGACCUUAAAGCAACAUCCAUCGCCGGGACCAAACCGUACAUGGCUCCUGAGCUCUUUCAGACCUUCGAGGGAUCCCACCCUGGCUACUCGUUCUCUGUGGACUGGUGGUCCCUGGGAAUUACAGCCUAUGAGCUACUAAGAGGACAGAGGCCAUAUGUGAUGAGAUCGAGUACACCAGCUAAUGAGAUCCUACAGACCUUCCACAAGGUCCAUCCCAGUUACCCAGUAGCCUGGUCUUUGGAGAUGAAGUCCCUCCUCAGAAAGCUGCUGUGCAUAGAUGUCCAGAAGCGCAUUUCCUGUCUGGCAGAGCUGCAGGAUCUGGACUACAUGUCAGACGUCAACUGGGAUGCCGUGCUGAACAAGCAGCUUCCUCCAGGCUUUAUUCCCAAUAGACGGAGACUAAACUGUGACCCCACAUUUGAGCUGGAGGAAAUGAUCCUGGAGUCCAAGCCACUACACAAGAAGAAGAAAAGGCUCGCGAGAAAGACCCGGGACCAGGGGUCUGACGGGUCUCCACAGAAUGGACAGUUGCAGCAACGUUUGGAUAAUGUCCAGAGAGACUUCAUUGUUUUCAACAGAGAAAAGUCAAGAAAAGCAGUGGGGGACUCAGAGUCUUCUGAGAUGUCCACAAGUGAGAAGAACAAGGCAAUAGAAGAUGGACAGAACAACAACGUUGAGCCAGCUGCUUACUUAUCAGGAUAGGUCUCAUGACUCUGUCUUAGCCUCUCAUCACUUGCACCUUCACACAAGCUUGUAGAUCAGCAACGUACACGCAGGCACCUAUCGCUCUCACAACACAGGCACUUAAAACUGGUCUGCAAUGUCCCUGCACCACUACGUCUACACAAACACAAAUAAAACACUGUACGCACUUGUGCAUCCACAAAAAAAAAAAAGGAAAUAAAGAAAAAAAAUGCAUUGUCAGGAACUUGAGAACUGUGGGAGGAAAAUGGACUCCUGAAGCAGCAGCAACGCUAGAGCUGGGCAUUUCUUUUCCCUCUCACCAAGAAGAAGGACUCUCAGCAGAAUGUCACUCAUAUCACGCUCCCUUACAUCACUCUGGUGCUCUGACGUCUGCGCAGCUUCUACUCUGGGCAACGGGCUGAAGUGAAAAUAAAGUCACUUCCCUACCAAAAAGAAGACGAUGCUGCUAAUGCUCGGCUGGUCGACUAUGGCCAACAGCUGUAUGCGCUUUGGUUACGGCAAGAACACUCAACAUUUAUAAUCUAACAGAGGCGUUUUCUGGUUGGAUAUUUGAAUAUAACUUCCAGAGCUAAAUGGAAAUUACCUUCACAAGAAUUGGUCUAAGGAUGUAUAUGAUGAGUGUGAUUGAGAUGGGAUACAAACAUGACACUAAACAUUAAAGUGGAGAGCUUAAUAAUGGAACCACAGAUUCCUCUAAGUCAAACUAAUAACUAUAGGCUUGAGCAUGGAUGGCUCACUUUAUCAUAGCAGCAGAUUCAUGGUUGUAGUAGUCAUGAUGCUUAGCUUUGCUUAUUAAGCUUACAAAGAUGGUAGUAUUGCAGCAUUUGGUAUAAUUCCCCCAGUUCUGUAAGUAGCAGAUAUAGACAAAACAUGCUGCUUGUUUUCUUGACUUGGUUCAAGUUGAAGCGCUGCUAUCAAAGUUUGGUUUUGAAGUCAAGCUUCAAAAGCCUCCGGCCUUGGAAGUUUGUAACUAACUUUUGACUCGGUCUGCAAAUAAAAACAUAGAAAAGCUAGGUGGUAGAUGUUAAUUGUUCUGCACUGGACCUUGCUUUGCACAUGCUUCUUCAUAAAGUGUAGCAUUUAUGCACAGAGAGACAAAAAAAAAUAAUCUAAAGCUGUGAGUGAAUAUUUAUUCCCUUAGGGAUGGUUUUAUAGACAAGGAUUAAUCUCCUAGAUAAGGUUCAUUUUCCAUCUAGUGUCUUGCACUGAGAUUUGUUUCUAAUGUCCUUACCGUCCUUCCUCUUUUGUGUUGGAUGCAACCAAUUAUAUUUGUGCCACCAGAUAAUUCUGUGAAUUUGUAUUUGCUAUGCUCCCUUAGCAGAAAAUGUAUUAGCAGCCUGUCUCUGCAACAACAUUCAACCGUAAUCAGAAAUUCCGCAUCAGACUAAUCAAUAUGAGGGAAGGUAAAACGCUUCAUUUAUGCUGUAAGAUUCGCUAUAGACUUGUUUAAAAUCACAUCCAAGAAAUCACUCCUGCCUCUGGAGUUUGCAGAGGGAUGCCUUAUACCAUAGAUGUGUGGCACACAGCUAAUCCCCUUGAAUUUCCUAAUAACUAUAGUAAAGACCUGAGCAUUUUUUCCACAAUAAGUAAGUGUGAUUUCUACAAAUUCCUACUCACUCUAUUGAGCCAACUGAAAUCUCUUGUAAUUAGAUUUGAACCAUAUUUCAAAGAUCCUUAAUAUUGGCACUUUUCUAACUAAGAUAAGGUUUUGACUUACCUUUGUGUUGUUGCUGUUGUUGUCGUCAUCACUAGUGUAAUGUUACGAUCCAACGGUGGUUUCUUGUAUAAGUUGUAAGAUAAAGUGGGAUAACUUAAGGAUGAACUGUUCCUAGAUUUACCUGGAGUAAAUAAUAUUUGCGAAUGGUGAUCAUAAUUGAGAGUACCAAAUAAACUGGGGUCAUUGCAUUAAAAGCAUUAAAGGUGGUGAUCAUUUGAUGAAAUGCAUUUUACCCUUCCACAAAGCUUUAAAUGACAAAUAAUAUUUAACCCAGGUAAUGUAAUCUGUUCUAAGUCCGUGUAUCUCACCCCUAUUACAGUUUUGUUGUCCUUCAGUUUCCACUGUGUGUUAAUUGUAAUCAAAUGUGAUGGAGUUGCAAACUAUUAAGGUGUGCCUUAAAUAAUAACUUUGUUUUAUUUCUGAACCCA